CAGUCUCGCAACAGAAUGCUAUAAACUGUCAUGAUGCAGUGAUGUCAUCUCAAACCACAAACGUAGUAAGGUAUACAGAUGCAUCAAGCGUGACAGUGUGUACAGUACAGGAAGUCUGCUCACAAAGCUCCUCAUUUCAGUGCUACGCCUUAUACAAAAUGGAUUUUAACAAAACCAAGCCUUUUUGCUUUUUAUCAGACAUUACUUUCGCAGAUAGAUUCCUUCCCCCGGUCUACAUUCUCGUCUUCAUCAUCGGCUUGUCUGCUAAUAUUUGGGGACUUAAAUUUUUACUGCAAAACUGGAAGAAAUUCGGACACAUCAACAUUUUUGUCUUUAACUUGGGACUUGCUGAUAUUUUGUAUUUGUUAACUCUUCCGUUCCUGGUCGACUAUCAUUUCAGAGAGAGAAAGUGGAUUUUUGGAGACACUUUUUGCAAAAUUACACGGUUCUGUUUUAAUAUAAACCUUUAUGGCAGCAUUGGAUUCCUCACCUGUAUUAGUGUGUACAGGUACUUUUCAAUAGUCCAUCCUCUGAAGAUUAUGGGCAAGCUAAGUCCCUCUCGCUCUGCAGUCAUCUCAGUUAUGGUUUGGCUGUUUGUGGGAGUACAAACUCUUCCAGACAUGUUUUUUACUAAGACAAAGGGAAAGAAACCAGGAAAAUGUUAUGACACAACUUCCAGUGAUUUCCUAGAGGAAUACCUGAAAUACAGUCUAGGUUGGACAGUGACUGGGUUCUGCUUGCCGUUUCUAGUCAUGGUGGGAUGUUAUACUCAUGUGAUAGUGAAGCUGUGCGGCUCCAGCUCCACAGAUACAAAUCAUGUGCUGAAGAGGAGGAGCCUGCGGCUGCUGUUGGUUCUGAUCCUUCUCUUCUCAGUGUGUUACAUCCCCUAUCACGUCCUCAGGAACCUCAACCUGUGCUCCAGAGUGCUGAUCAAGAGGAAGCAGUGCUACAGCUGGUUUGACCCUGUCUACAUGGCUCAACAGGUGGGCCGAGGCCUGGCGUCCCUGAACCCCGCCCUGAACCCUCUGGUGUACCUCCAUGUGAGUGACGAGCUCUCCUUUGGACUCCGGGCACUCCAUAGACACAUGAGUGUGUUCUGGAGCAGUCAGACUGUUUCUGCAUCCCAGGCACAGUCAGUCAUCCAGGCCCCCUAAAAAAAUAAUGCCCAGAGAGGCUUUGAGGAGAGGCACAGAGGUGCAGGAGGGACAGGGAUAGCACUGGUGUCCAAUUCAAUAGAACACCAGCUCUCUCCAUGCGGAGAAACUCUUGUCUGCCCCUAGACUCACUAUAACCUGCUCAAAGCACCGUCUGUCCUCUCCACUCUGUGCCUCUUAUUUCAUAAGUAAUCUGCGCUAACAAAAACCACAUUUAUAACACCACAAGAGUUGUGUUCAAGCCUUUUUAAGAGCCAUGACGUGCGUGGUGUGUGAUGGCCUUAAGUAAUUUUUUUCACUUUUUUCAAGGAAACACACAAAACUGUACUGAUUCAAAACUGUAUUUGUAUUUACAAUGAAAUGAUUUACAGUUUAGUCAGUCAGCUGUGUGACUCAAAGCUAUAAAAUGACUUGACAAUGAUAUGGACCAUUUUGUGAUCAUCUUGUGAUUUUAGCCAUUUUAAACAGGACUUAGGUCAUUAUUUUAGGAGGGUUUGCUAUUGUAACAAAUGUGGACACUUCAGUAAAAUGACUUAAGUCUAUGUCCCCAGUCAUGGAAAACCUUUGGUUCAUUCCCUACUUGCUGCACUCUUCAGUUAAUACGCAGCAAUAAUGUGUCCUACCACAGCUAUGCAGACCUCAGUCAGAUCUAUGUCUCACUGGCAACAGGUGAAUAUGGACCUGUGGAUUCACUGCCACUGCAUCUAACAAAUAACCAGCUAAACUCAGACAAGACUGAAGUCAUAGUCUUUGGCCCUCAGAAACAAAGAGACAGUGUCAGCAGUCACGCCCAGUCUCUCUCUCUCUUUAAAACCUUCAAAUCAGGCUAGAAAUCUAGGGGUAAUAAUGGACUCAGACUUGAACUUUAACAGUCACAUCAAAUCAGUAAUAUCUGCAGCUUUUUAACAUCUAUAGACAUAGCAAAACUCAAAGGUAUACUGUCUAAAGCAGAUUUAGAGAAACUUAUCCAUGCAUACGUACAGUAUAUGUAUCCAUGAGCUCAACCAGGACUAAACAUGAAGAGUCAGUUUUUCAGUUAUAUCUUAUCCUGAUGUGAGACAGGCCUCUGCUUCUGUUUAGCUGCAUAUGACUGAAAGGUUCUCAUUCUUCUCUUUUAAUGUUCAUUUUAUGUUUAUUACCUCUGCCAAGGAGGUUAUGUUUUUGCCGGUGUUUGUCUGUUUGUUUGUUUGUUUGACUUUUAGCAACAUAACUCAAAAAGUUAUGAACCGAUUUUGAUGAAAUUUUCAGGAUUUGUUGGAAAUGUGAAAAGGAAGAACUGAUUUCAUUUUGGAGGUGAUCCGGAAGAAAUCCUGGAUUCUGGAUCACUUUGAAAUUUUAGUUAACAUUGUGGUAAAUGGGGCCAAAAAUGUUUGUUUCUCAAUAUCUCGGUUAAUUAUUGACCAAACCCCAUGAAAUUUGACUCAGGGAUGGACAAUGGGAUCCUCUUUCAUAUUCCAAAGGCUGAUCCGGAUCUGAUCCAGAAGACUGAUUUUAUCGCAAUUUAUAUAAAAAAUGGGGGUAGUCCUUGGCGGAGGUCUGCGCUCUCUGACUGCUUUUCUAGUUAUUUAUGUUCUGGUCUGUUUAUAUUGUGAUUUUAAUGUUUUGAAUUACUUUGUGUAUGUAUUGUAUUAUACAAAUAAAUUAGAAUUACAAUUA